GUGACGUAGGAGGCUGUCAAACACACACUGUAAAACAGCUGAUCGGUACGGGGUUUCUCGCAUUCGCCGGCUGGUUUCCUCCACCCGUACGUCAGACGAUAGAGCCACUGAUUUCUUCCGUCUCACAAAGCAAGCCCUUGUGUCUAAAGAACAGUAGUAACAUUUUAACAGUUUUGACUUCUUCAAAGUUUCACACGCUUGUGGAUUACAGCUUAACCCAACUGACGUCAUCAUUGUUGUCGUGUUAGUGUUACCGACUCGAGCAAGACGUUAUUCUCCAGCAGACCCCUCCGGUAAUGCAAACAUGCGUGGGACGUUAUACUAAACGUAUAACAAAAUCAACAUUUACUUGCAAGUUCUUCAAAACAUCGACGACGAACUUGCUGGUCUACCUCUAUAGUUUCAAAACGUGAUGUUCAACAAAGGCCACUAACGACACUAACGUGGUUAGUUGAGAAAACAGAAGACGGUCUCGUGUCUUCACCAAGCACUUUACAGAACAGGACACAGACACAGCUUCACGCUGUAAUCAAGGACCAACUUCUCCCAGAGCCUGAGAAAAUCAGCAAGUAAACUAUUGACUGUCAUCAUGGUCGUCUUUCUUGAAACCUGUGGCACUCACAAACCAGCUGCAAAUCGGGAUGAAAGUUCGAGACG